GGGGCUGAAACUGAGCCGGGCGCACCGCCCACAUAAGGCGGGGGCAGCGCACGCCGUUCCGAACCGGCGGUGGGGGGAAAUAGGGUGGCUGUAGGGUUGGGCUCGGAGGGUCCCGGGGACGCGGCAUGGAGCUGGGUUGGCUGCUAUGGGGUGCGGCGGUGCUGCUGCUGCUGCACCUCCUGAUGGAGCUCAGCCCGGCUGUGAACUUCGCGUUGCGCAUCGGUUUUUAUUACGUGUUGUGCAUCGUUUGCUCCGGGCUCACCGCUCCCGUCUGCCUCCUCGUCAACGGCGGCCGCACCGUCAAGAACAUGAGGAUCAUCAAAACCGUGGUCAAGUCCUUCAAGUAUUUCUUCGGCCUGAGGUUUGAGGUGAAAGGACUGGAGAACUUUGAGGUGGAAGGCCCUGCCAUCAUUGUGUCCAACCACCAGAGCAUCCUCGAUAUGAUGGGGCUGAUGGAGGUCCUGCCCGACGGCUGUGUCCAGGUGGGCAAGAAGGAGCUGAUGUAUGCCGGCACGGUGGGACUCAUCACCUACCUCGGGGGUGUCAUCUUCAUCAACAGGAAGAGCACCACCAGCGCCAAGAUGGUGAUGGCAGAGGUGGCCAAGACUAUGAUAGCUGAUAACGUGAAGGUGUGGGUGUACCCUGAGGGCACGAGGAACUGCACGGGGGAUUUGCUGCCAUUCAAGAAAGGAGCGUUUCAUCUCGCUGUCCAGGCACAGGUCCCGGUGAUCCCUGUGGUGUAUUCCUCCUUCACCACUUUCUACAACCCGAAGAAGAAUCUGUUUACAUCAGGCAAAAUCAAGGUCGAGGUUCUCCCGCCAAUAGAAACCAAAGGGCUGACAUCAGACAACGUCUCUGACCUCACUGACAGAUGCUACAACCUCAUGAGGGAGACCCUUUUCAGGCUGUCGGGCCGCCCAGGCGAGGGGAAGGAUUCCUCCUAGGUGCUGCUCCAGCGGCGUCACCGUGUGGCGGUGGCCAAAGGGACCCAUCUGCUGCCAAACACCAAAGGAGCAUCUCUUCCUCUGCAGUGACUUGGAACUCUGGGGAUGCUGUGGACUGGCACACGAGGCGUGUCGAGCCAGCAGUGAGGCUCCCUGUUGAGUGGAUUUCUCUUAAGGGUUCAUUAUCUUGCAAUGAAAUGUCUCCUCUUUCUGUAUUUCUCAGGCAACAAAUGUAUGCUACCAAAGGGCUCAGUGA